AUGGAUUCCAUUAGCGCAGGAGUUAAGCCUCAUGUAGUUUGCGUCCCGAUCCCACUUCAAGGUCACAUAAACCCAAUGCUCCAGUUAGCAAAACUCCUUCACUAUAAAGGGUUUCACGUAACUUUUGUAAACACAGAGUACAACCACAAACGCUUACUCAGGUCUCGAGGCCCUAACUCUCUCGAUGGCUUGCCUGGCUUUCACUUCGAAACCAUUCCUGAUGGCCUUCCACCCUCAGACGCAGAUGUCAGCCAAGACAUUCCCUCUCUUGCUGAAUCCCUCCCAAAGGCUUGCCUAGUCCCACUUUGCAACCUCAUUACCAAACUCAACGACACUUCGUAUUCGAAUGUGCCUCCUGUUACCUGUAUUGUCGGAGAUGGUUGCAUGUCCUUCACUCUUGAUGCUGCUGACAAGUUCGGAAUUCCAUGUGUAAUUUUUUGGACACCUAGCGCUUGUAGCUUCAUGAGCCUUAUGCAUUUUCGACAUUUCGUUGAACGAGGUUUGGUACCCCUCAAAGAUGCGAGCUAUCUAACAAAUGGAUACUUGGAAACUGUAAUAGAUUGGAUUCCAGGGAUGAAAAAUAUUCGUCUUAAGGAUAUUCCAAGUUUUGUUAGAAUAACAGAUGAGAAUGACAUCAUGUUCAACUUCUUCAUCAAUGAAACCGAGAGAGUUCCAAGAGCUUCAGCUGUCAUUAUGAACACAUUCUACCCCUUUGAAGAGGAAGUGUUGGAUGCUUUAUCCAGCAUGCUUCCUUGUACAUACUCCAUUGGACCACUUGUGUCGUUUGUGGACCAAAUUAAGGAUAAUAACUUGGAAUCAAUAGGUUCCAAUCUAUGGAAAGAAGAACCAGGGUGUGUGGAAUGGCUAAAUUCAAAAGAACCCAACUCUGUAGUGUAUGUAAAUUAUGGUAGUAUAACUAUCAUGACACCUCAGCAACUCAUUGAGUUUGCUUGGGGGUUAGCAAACAGUGAAAAACCCUUCUUGUGGAUUAUAAGGCCUGAUCUUGUUGGAGGUGAUUCAGCUAUUAUUCCUUCUGAAUUUGUUACCGAAACUAAAGAUAGAGGCAUGUUAGCAAGUUGGUGUCCUCAAGAACAAAUCCUAAAGCACCCAUCAAUUGGGGGUUUUUUAACACAUAGUGGGUGGAAUUCAACACUUGAGAGUGUGUGUUGUGGAGUUCCAAUGAUCUCUUGGCCCUUCUUUGCUGAUCAACAGACGAAUUGUCGAUACUGUUGUGUUGAAUGGGGCAUUGCGAUGGAGAUAGAUAAUAAUGUUCAAAGAGAUGAAGUGGAGAAGCUAGUGAGAGAAUUAAUUGACGGUGAAAAAGGUAAAGAAAUUAAGAAGAAUGUAAUGGGGUGGAAAAAAAAAGCCGAGGAUUCCACCAAACCUGGUGGUUCUUCAUACCAAAACUUGGAUAAGUUGAUUGCUGAAGUUCUUUUAGCUAGAAAUGUUUAAACCAAACAAGCAAGACUUUCUACUUUUCAAUGCACGUGU